AUGGGAGAAUUUGAUAACGUAAAAAGUAUAGUUGGGAAUGAUAUAUUUUCUUUAAUUCCAACUUACCCUAUUUUAGUUGUAGGAGGAGGAGGAAUAGGAUGCGAAGUAAUUAAGUGUCUAGCACUAUGUGGUUUUUUAAAUAUUACUAUAAUAGAUUUAGAUACAAUAGAUAUCAGUAACUUAAAUCGUCAAUUUUUGUUUAGGAGAAAACAUGUCGGGAAAUCAAAAUCUAUAGUUGUUGCUAAUGAAGGAAAUGAAAUAAGCAAAAAUUGCAGAUAUAAAAGUAAUGAUGAGAGUAAGAUAAAUAUAAUUGGAUUGGUAGGAAAUAUUAAAGAUUACAAUGCCGAUUUCUUUAGCCAAUUUAAAGUGGUUCUUAAUGCUUUGGAUAAUGUGGAUGCUAGGCGAUAUGUUAACAGACUGUGUUUAAGCAGCGGAGUAAAACUAAUAGAUGCUGGAAGUGCGGGAUAUAAUGGUCAAGUACAUCCAAUAAUACCUAGAGAAACUACCUGCUACGAAUGCAGACCACCUCCUGUACCAAAGUCGUAUGCUGUAUGUACAAUAAGAUCUACUCCUGAAAAGCCUGAACACUGCAUUACUUGGUCAAAAUAUUUGUUUGAGUUAGCAUUUGGAUUAAGAACUAAAACUAGAACUAACUCAGAAAAUUUAUUGAAUGAUAUGGCUGCACAUAUUCAAUUUCCAUUGGAUGAGGAGGUUUCAGAGAUUAAAAUUCGUAGAUAUGCUGAAAAAAUAUUUAAUUAUCUAUUUCACGAUGAGAUCGUGAAGUCUUGUGAAAACAAGCAGUUAUGGGAGGAAAAAAAAAGAGAACUACCAAAACCUUUGCAUUGGAAUGCUGAAAUGAUUUUUGGGGAGAGAUGGAAAGAAAAUUUAAAUGAGAAGACUCAAUGCAAAUUUGCUGAUAAUACAGUUAUUCCAUCUCAAAGAGUUUUAAGCAUAUUUGAAUAUGCUAAGAUGUUUUAUCACAGUAUAGAGAAGCUUUUGAGUGAAAAAUAUGAUGAAAUUGGAACUAGUUCAAUGGAAUUUGAUAAAGAUAAUGAAGUUUGCAUGGAGUUUGUGACUGCUAGCUGUAAUUUAAGAUGUUACAAUUUUAAUAUCCCAUUGCAGUCUUAUUGGACUUGUCAAUCAAUAGCUGGUUCAAUUAUUCCAGCAGUAGCUUCAACAAAUGCUAUUGUUGCAGGUGUCCAAGUUCUACAAUUGCUCAUGUUAAUGAGUAGAGAUUUAACAAUAAAGAAAGAAAAUUUAAUAGAAAAUAAUAUAGGAAAUAAAUCAAAUUAUGGUAAAUCCAGAUUUGUAUGGAUUAAAAACAAUCCCAUGGGGAGGUAUUUAUUAUGUCCAGAAGAACUGGAACAAAGUUCAUCAAGGUGUUUAGCCUGCUCUCAACAACUUGUUACUGUGACAAUUCGGAGUUUUUCUAAGUGGACUUUGCAACAAUUUGUGAAAGAUAUAUUAUCCAGACAUUUAGGUUUAAUUGAUCCCUUUAUUGAAUUUGAUCAAAAGUGUAUUUGGGAUCCUGAUGAAAUGGAGCAAGGUAAAUUCUUGCAAACAAGUGGGCAGAAGACUUUGCAGGAGUGGAAGUUUAUGAAUGGAAAAAUUUUAACUGUAACAGACUAUUCACAAGGAGAAUUUCAGUGUGAUGUACUAGUUCAAAUUGAUGAGUUAUUAUCUGACAUGUCAAAUACUGAAGUAUUUCUGAAUAAUACAGCCGAUGAACCCUACAAAAUAGUUAUAGGAAGUCUAAAAAGUGCAGAUCGAAAUAAACUACUCAAUGAUAUAGAAGGCAGUGAGAGUGAUAUUGAUGAAAUCGCUAUUAAUACAAUUAAUCAAUCACAUAAGAGACAAAAAAUUGAUGAGACUGAUAAUGAGUUAAGUAUAAGACAAGUCAGGCAAAAGAUUGAUCAAAACAGUACAUAG